AGGGGAUGGCGGGGGCGCCGGGCGCGGGGGAGCUGCGGCUGCUCUGUCUCCACGGCUACGGGCAGAACGCCGAGCGGUUCCGCGCCCGGACCGGCGCGCUGCGGAAGGCCCUGCGAGGCCGCGCCCGGCUCCUCUACCUGGACGCCCCGCACCGCCUGCCGGACGACGGGGAGCCGCCGGGAGCCGAGGGGGAGCCGCGCGCGUGGUGGCCGGAGGGCGGGCCGGGCGGGCCGGAGCCGGGGGCGGCGCUGCGGGCGGUGGCGGCGGCGCUGGCGGAGCGGGGCCCGGUGGACGGCCUGCUGGGCUUCAGCCAGGGCGCGGCGCUGGCGGGGCUGCUGUGCGCGCUGCGGGAGGCCGGGGACGGGCGCUUCCCCUUCCGCUUCGCCCUGCUCUUCUCCGGCUUCCCCGUGGCCGAGGCGGCGGCGGCGGCGGCGGGGUCUCUGCGGGCGCCCAGCCUGCACGUCUUCGGGCGCGACGACCGCGUCAUCCCGGCGGCCGAGAGCCGGGCGUUGGCCGAGCGCUUCGCCCGCCCCGCCCUGCUGGCCCACGACGGCGGCCACUUCGUCCCCGCCGCCGCCGCGCAGAGGGCCGCCUACCUGGGCUUCCUGCGCCGCUUCCAGGGCCCCGCGGAGGAGGAGGACGAGGAGCCCGGCCCGCCCCGACUGCCGCCGGCGGCCCCAGCCGCCUCGGACUCGCGCUGGGCGCCUUCCCCGCGGGGCUCGGGCGAAGGUCCGGUCUCGAGUCAGGCUGCGGGAGGCGGCGGAGGAGGAGGAGGAGAGCCCCGUACCGGAGACCCGGAAAACACCGACCCGGCCUCUGCCCCAAGCGGUCGAUAACGGCCCCUGCCUGGAGGUUGCCCUGCUACAGUUAAGGGACCUUUUGGGGUACAAGACCGUCGGAGCCGCCGAAGCCCCCCUCGAGACGCCUCGGCCCUUCCUUCCCUCUUUGGAGCGUCGGAGCGUUCACAGUGCUGCCUCUCAGGCUGGUUCCCCCAAGUGCUUGGCUGAUGACAAUGGGGGGACUUGCCAGGCAGCCAGGUUGCAGAUCUGCCUUCCCUCUCAGUUCAGGGACAGAUUUCAGGAUCGGACUGAAGAGGGGACUCAUCCCUGUCCUGGGAUGUGGGACUUGCCGCUGGUCAGUCUGCUUGGAGGAAGAAUGGGCAGCUCCCUUUGCUCAUCUCCACUGCCGCAAGAUAAGCGUCUUCCUCCCAGAUGAGAGGAUUGCUGGAUCUCCUGCUGUCUGAAUCACAGCCCUGACGGGGGUGUCAAUAACCAUCCUUUGUCCUCCUUGCCAGGUCCGAUCCUGCAAGAGGAAGAGGAAGGCAGGGACUCUGGAGUCCUGGUGGGGUUUCCCACCCCAGUGGAGCCUCCGAAGCAGGUCUGGGUGUUCCUGGAGAGCUAAAACGGAGUCAAAGUGAAUCAGGAAAAGGCUUCCAGGGACGGCUGUUGCAGCUGCCCAUCAAAAGUUGCCAAAAUCACUGGAGGCUUUUAAAGAGAGAUUGGACAGCCACUUGCCUGGCAUGGUAUAAGGUCUCCUGCUUGAGACCCUGGAAGACCCCCGUAGUCCCUUCUGGGUCUGUUCUGAUUGAUUGAUAAGCUUCGUUUUAAUAGAAGUUGAAUAGGGGAAAUUAAAUGAUUUUGGACUUGUGA